AUGGCUUUAAUGCACUCCUUUCUCCGACAGCAUCAUGGGGACAUGGAUCCAAUGGAAACAGUCAUGUAUGGGCCAUCAACUUCCAAUCAAGUAUGUGUACUUUUUUAUGUGAUGCAGUGUUUUUCUCGCACCAAAGUACUUGAACGUGUGUGAAAAUGUCCUACCCUUUGACGUUCUUGGUAAUUAAAACUUGAAACUCCGUCAGGACAUGAUGAAUUCCAAACCUACAAGGUUCCUUGAUUUAUACACUCUUAUUAGGGAACUACUUAAACUUCCUUGUCUAAAGCUUGUCUUAAGUUCAAAGAGCAUCCAAAAGUCAAUUAAAAUAGAUUCUGCCAGGUGUGCUGUAGGUACUUCCGAGAGUGUGUACUGAGCAACAUUGCUGUAGCUGAGAAUGAGUAACAUUUGUACACUGCUUGACCCAUAAAAUAACAAAGACAAGAAAAGAUACAAUCUGAACAAGGUGGCUGGUAAGGAGUGUUCAGUUGUAUCGACUGAAAACGAUAAUUUUACUUUUCCUCUCAACCUCAAAAGCUUACAAAUGUUGUAACCUGAGAUGAGGCUCUAUUUUCGUUUCGCUUUGUAAAUAACAUUCCGGCAUGCCAGCCUAAAAAAAAGAGAGCCUGAUACAAACCUUCUACGAAACGUCUACCACCCACUUUUUUGAUUGAUUGACAUUUGCUGAAUCAGCCAACCAAAAUUACUUUGGAUCCAUUGCUUGUUCCUUUAGUAUGCAAAAUUUUUCGGACUCGCUGACUUAAAAAAAUAGCUUUUAUCUUUUAAUUUUUUCAACUUGAAAUAAAACAGUCAGCACAAUCACAUUUAACUUCUUGCGAGAUUAAAGGAGAUCUCGAAGGUUAUUUCUGUUGGCAUAGAAGAUAAAAAGUUUUCAAAAAGAUGGUGACACGAUGUUCUAGUUUUAGUAUUUUGGCUAUAGCUAGGUACGCUCAAUUUUUAAAAUACGGAAAUUUUUUAUUUUUCUCUUGCCUUUAUAUUUUUCCCGGCAGUUUUCUCUGUUUUUCAGUACAUAAAUCUUUAAAAAUUUUGGAGAAAUAUGUCAUAAACUUUUUCAAAGGAUAUAUAAAUUAUCUCAGAGCAAACCAAAUGAGUUCUCAAGUGCAUUUGAUUUAGCUGAUUUAGUCCCGUGACUACACUUGCAAUUUGCAAAACGUCUUAAUCAAUUUUUUAUAAAUCCAGGUAGCCUGUGUACAGACGUCCCCUCUCCCUCAGGAAAAAUCGGGAGAGGAGACGUCUGUGAAUCGCCGUCGUUAAUCGUGUUCCGGUAUACAUUUGCAUAAAUUAUAUUUUUGUUCUUUCGCUGACAGUUGAAAAGGCACAUGUAGGUCGAAAAAUAGCUCUGGCGUUUGUGCACAGGCUACCAGAACAUCUUCACGCAAUGUCCACCCAAAAUCCAGAUAUAAGAUCUAUGAUUAAAGUUAAGCCAGGUCAAGCGUACCUCCCAAGAUGCCAUUAAUGUAUUUAUUAUUCGAAAGUUGAACCGUUGGUAGUUGUAGAUUUCAGAUUCAUCUCUCUGUGCAUUCUUGCAUGCGUAAUGAGCUGUGAAUUCACACACGAUUCAGUUACGAAAUUUCUACCAGCUCAAUUUCCCUGAAUUUGAUGUAAAUGUCUUCUAAGACAUUUAAUCCAUUCAAAGAUUGUUAAUCUGACCAAAUGCAGUGAGGUUCUCUUAAAAUCUUCGCUGCUCAUUGCGCAUACAGGAAUGCCAAUUUAAAUUUGACACCAGUUACGGGAACGAUUAACGGAUUCAUUUUUUCAAAUAAUCAAUUCAUUAAUAUAAUCUUUUGGGGUAAGUUUGACCUGUCUUGGCUGUUAACGUUCGAUUUUGUAUGCCUUCUCUUUUAUUUACAAUACCGCAACCGGUGCAGCAAACAUCGGUGGUCUUAACUUCUCAUGCCUUUUCGAGAGAUCCGAAAUACAAAUACCGGUAAAAAAAAUGUGAAUGUCCUCAGAGGCUCAACUUUUCCCCCGGGGAAUCUAUUCUGAGGUUCAUUCACCAAUCACGACACCGGAAAUUAUUUGCGUCAUGGCAUUAACAUUACAACCAAUGAGAGGCUGUCCCCAACAUUUCGGGGAAACCGGAACACGAUUAUCGUCGGCGAUUCACAGAUGUCUCCUCUCCCGAUUUUUCCUGAGGGAGGGGGGACGUCUGUACACAGGCUAAAAUCCAGGUUAAUAUUAUAUGCCAUUUUGGAAAGACGAAACAACACUACUAUAACUGCAUUUUCAACUGACCUAUAAACAAAACAAAAAACAAUAUUACAAACACAUUUUCUAGUUCUCCUUAGUUGUGUUGUUGUUUUACUGCAGGUGUGAAAAUCUCGCUAAAUAUAUCAAUCGAAGCUAAUAAACAGCAAACAGCCAACAAGCGAGGACACUAGAUUUCCUGGUUUAUUUGUUUACAAAAAGCGAAGGCAAACAAUAAGUCUGUUACAUUAAGACUAGCAGCACUACAUGUAGCUAGUAAUAAUGCCACCAAAAAUUCCUUGAUGCCAUAUUUUUCGUCUGACAGUUGGUGAUUUCAUAGUUUCACCAUUUCACAGUUGGAGGUUUCUUUCGCAGUGAGCCUCCGCUUGCGUACUCCAUUCAGACAAGUCACUCCCGGCUAAACGUUCAAAUGAAACCAGUUUUAAGAUGGACAGUAUUUUGAUUUGCACUUGUUUGUUGGUAAAUCAAAAGGCACCUUGUUCGUGGUCAACAACUUGCAGAGGGAUUUAACUCCACGAUACACUUACAUUAGUUCCUUAAAUAAAGUAAAAUCCUGAGAAGGUAUGAACAACCAUCUGAAUUUUCAGAAUAUCCAUAGCACAUAUUAAGGCAUAUUUUCCUUCCAUAAGACCACAAAACAAUAAAAAAAAAAAACACCAAAAUCCUUCUCUCCGCCAACGGCGAAGCGCUUCCAACUUCCGUUGAUUCCAACAGACAAUCAGAUCCUGUAGCAUUGCUCUAACAGCCAGUUAGCGUUGCGGCCAAAAUCUGGCCGCAGUGAGCACAAACUUGUGAGAUUUUGUAUCAGGCUUAACUUUUAGCAGUAGCCACUAGAGAGAAUGUAUGAGAACCGCUAAAAUUGGGCCUGAUCUCAGGUUACAAAUGUUGAGACUUUAAACAUAAAGCUAAUUAAGCUAGCAAUUUUCUGGGAGAUAUUGUAAAAUCUGGGGAAAAAUUCCAUCUUGGGACCUUAGAGAGUGGAACCUUACCUUUGAGGAUGUGCAUGAGGUGUAUAUCAGCAAUUGUAGACAAAAACUGUACACACCAAUAUAGCAUUUAACACAGUGGCGUAAGUGGGUUGUAAAUAGAUGCUGAGUGAAUGUAAGUAAGACAAUUCCCCUAACAGUAUUUAAAAAAGUCGUAGAGUACUGGCAUUAUGCUUAUUAUGUAUAUUAUCUGCCACAGUUUUGCCGGGUUGUUGAUUUUUUUUGUCGUUGUGUACUUGAAUACCAACUUUAGAUUGAACUGUGGUGGAAAGAGCUCCAUGAGAGGCUUGAACAAUUUUUCAAGUUUUCCUUUUAA